GGUGACGACGGUCUGGUUCCGUCAUUCUGGUUCCGUCAUUCAAACCAGGACAAAAAAUUUAAAUUCCCGAAACACCCUUAGAUUUACGAUAAAUUUACACGUUGCCUCUUCCUCUUCAUCGCGUAGUUCCGUCCAAAACACAGGACCAAUUAAGCCAUUCCAUUUCAGGAUUACCUAUUUAUUGCUUAUUAGCCAUGGCGAUUGGCUGACUUUUCCUCACAAGCAUUUUCCCCCGCCCUCCUCUUUUUCGUUUUUCCUUCGAAAAUAAUUAAAAGAAGGGAAAAUUGAAAAAAAAAUCCGAAGCUUUCAGAGAAUCAUAACGACGCCGGAUUGUUCCAUUCAUCAAUCAUAGUAGAGAAACAGAGAACAACGUUGGAAAUUCAAAAGGAAAAAAAUUAAAGAAAAAAUUGUCUCGAUUUUGAGCUGCGCGGAUUGGCCCUUUUGCGGGAAAAAAUUUUUGUCCCAAUUUUUUAAAUCUAUACCAGAAGGUAAAGAACCAAUACUGGUGAGAAGAACGAAAGAUUUUGGUAUUUACAUUGAUUUGUUGGAUUCUUUUUCGAUAGGAAAUAAAGAAUCUGGAAAAAAGGUUUAGAUGUUUUUCCUUGAAUUUUGUUAAUCUGAUAAAGGUUUAGUUUUGACAAAUGAAUGUGGUUGGCAAAGUUGGGAGUUUAAUUUCGCAAGGUGUAUAUUCUGUUGCUACCCCUUUCCAUCCUUUUGGUGGGGCUGUUGAUGUCAUUGUUGUUCAGCAACAAGAUGGGACUUUCCGAAGCACGCCUUGGUAUGUUCGGUUUGGGAAGUUUCAGGGUGUUUUAAAAGGGGCUGAGAAGGUGGUCCGCAUAACUGUUAAUGGCGUUGAAGCAGAUUUCCAUAUGUAUCUUGAUAACUCUGGGGAAGCUUAUUUUGUAAGGGAGGUUGAUUCGGGUAAAGGCAGUGAGACAAAUGGAGAUUUGAAAGAUUCUGAUGGUGAAGUGAUUCAGGAUGACAGUAAUAAACAUAUUUCUGAAUUUUGUAGAAUUGAACAUAGUGUCUCAGAUUCUGGGGUGGCUCAGUUGAGGGAUGAAUGUGAAGCCACAUGUCCAAAACGGCUUGAAAGGGCAGAAUCUGACACUAGGUUCUAUGAAUUUCAAGAUGAGCAGUCCUCUCUAGAGGGUUCAGUUAAUUUGUCAGAAUUUGGUUCCGGCCGAUAUGAGGGUUUAGAUGGUGAGCAUUUUGGUGAAGCACAAGUUUUAGAUUCUGAAGUGAUCUUGGUCAGUGUGGACGGCCAUAUGCUGACCGCCCCUGUCUCAGCAUCAGAACAGAGUCCUGAAAAUGUGCAACUAAGCACACCUCAGUUCCAUCUAGGACCAGGUGAAGGACCUGACUUUUGUGAGGGUAGUGAGGAGUUUAGAUCAGGAGAUAAUGUGUGGACUGCUGACUAUAUUAGUAAGCUUAAUUCAUCAGCAGCUAAGGGUUCCUCUGACGAUGUUUGCAGCGUGAACAGUGAUUCUAUUGCUUUGAGACACCAGCCAGAAGUUUGUGAAGAAGGUGGGGAACAUGCCUGUCAAACUGAAGAAACUCUAAACCUUUCUAACCGUGAAAGUGAAUUGGACCGGCAAAGUGACGUUGAAGAUGCAUCUGUGCAUAAUAAGAAGGAGGAUGUUUUUAAGAGCUGCUUGGAACUAUCUGAAUUAUGUAGACAUGGUGAGAAUACCGAUUCUGAAGAAAUAGAUAGCCCAUCAGAAACUCAGCUUUCACAAGAUAAACCUUUUUCUAGCCCUCCAGACAUUGAUGAAACUGAAAAUGGAGCUGUUGGUGACUCCAGAAAUGAAGAUGUGUUGUCUCCCUCUUAUAGUCCCAAUUCUUCCAGCAAUAAUGGAUCUCCUGAUUUACCGGUUGAGGGUGAACCAGUUGAAAUGAAAGUGUUGGACACAGAUUAUAUGGGUUCUAACGGUGUGUCUGUUGAUUCCAUUGGUACUGACCGAGAAUGGAAAGAUGAACAGUUUGGUACAUCAGCAGCAACUGAAGGGAUAAAUGGAAGUCCGCAAAGUCCUGCACCUGAGGAUAAGAGCAGCAAAAGUGAAAUUGUGGAAACUGAAGCAGCUUUUAGUAAAGAGAUUGAAAGUAAUGCUAGCCUGGGAUUUGAGAUCUCACUCUGUGGAAAUGAACUAUAUGCGGGUAUGGGAUUGGAGGCUGCAGCAGAAGUCUUUGAAGCACACCGCAUACCAGCAGACGAAUAUAAAAAUUCUGCAAUGUCAAUUAUUAAGAAUGGAAACCUAAUCAUCCGAUUUGGACAGCAGUACUUGCCAUGGGAAAAAGCUGCUCCUGUUGUUCUCGGAAUGGCUGCAUUUGGUUUAGAGUUACCUCUUGAGCCACAAGAUGCAAUCCCUGUUGAACAAGAUGAGUCAUCAAACCCGAAGGAUGAUGAUUCUAUAGUCACUUCCACAUCCUCUGGCCGCAGAUGGAGGCUCUGGUCUAUACCGUUUAGAAGGGUCAAAACCCUUGAGCACACCAACAGCAAUUCAUCUAGUGAGGAGGUAUUUGUUGAUACUGAAUCUGGUCUACAAAAUUCACUAUCAGAUUCAACUCCAACAUCCAGUGGAAGGAUUGAAUCUCCCAACAAGCAAUUUAUUAGGACAAAUGUUCCCACUAAUGAGCAGAUAGCAUCCUUGAAUCUGAAAGAUGGUCAAAAUAUGAUCACUUUCAGUUUCUGCACCAGGGUUCUGGGAACACAACAGGUUGAUGCUCAUCUUUACUUGUGGAAGUGGAAUGCAAAGAUAGUAAUCUCAGAUGUUGAUGGAACUAUUACCAAGUCAGACGUUUUAGGCCAGUUUAUGCCUUUAGUUGGAAGGGAUUGGACACAAUCUGGUGUAGCUAGACUUUUCUCUGCUAUCAAGGAGAAUGGAUAUCAGCUGCUGUUUCUCAGUGCACGUGCAAUUGUUCAGGCAUAUCUAACCAGAAGUUUUUUACUCAACCUGAAACAGGAUGGAAAAGCUUUACCCAAUGGACCUGUUGUUAUUUCUCCUGACGGUUUGUUUCCCUCAUUGUACCGUGAAGUGAUAAGAAGAGCACCUCAUGAAUUCAAAAUAGCAUGUUUAGAGGAUAUCAAAAAACUUUUCCCUUCUGAUUACAAUCCCUUUUAUGCGGGCUUUGGGAACAGAGACACAGAUGAGCUCAGUUAUAGAAAAAUUGGUAUCCCAAAGGGCAAGAUAUUUAUUAUUAACCCAAAGGGUGAGGUGGCUAUUAGUCGUAUUGAUGUGAGGUCAUACACUUCGUUGCAUACUCUUGUCAACGACAUGUUCCCCCCAACCUCGUUGGUUGAGCAGGAAGAUUUUAACUCCUGGAAUUUUUGGAAAGUGCCAUUGCCAGAUAUUGAGUGACAUAGUUGGUGGCUUACAGAAUUCAGUUUAAUUCUUCCAAUGAGAUGAUCAGUAGCAUGAAGUCCCCCACAGAGAACAGAUUUUUCUGACAUAUUUCAAGUUUUUAACCUUUGCUUCCACUGUCACUCACUCAUUUGUAUUCAUUGUUGACCUUCAAAUGGUCUGUGAGGACUCAUCUUGUAUUUAGAUAGAUAGUCUUAGUGAAUAAAAUCUGAAGUCAUUGCUUCCCA